GAGGCUCAGGCUCCAGAAUCAAUACGCCGAGAAGCUUGGACCGUCCUUUGGGAGAGGAAGGAAAACGCCGAGGCACUGCUAAAAAUUAAGAAUUGCAGAGUCAGUCUGGUAUCAGCGUUGUAACACUUCUUGUUUAAAUUUCACACCAGAAGCCACCUUUAACAAUGAUGAACGGACAGAUGAACGGCUUUCAUAACUCCCUCAUUGACGAGGACUGCUUCUUGUUCACCUCAGAGUCGGUCGGAGAAGGACACCCCGACAAGAUCUGUGAUCAGAUCAGUGAUGCAGUUCUUGACGCCCACCUCAAGCAGGACCCUGAUGCCAAAGUUGCAUGUGAGACUGUUGCCAAGACUGGGAUGAUCCUCUUGGCAGGUGAAGUGACAUCACGUGCCACAGUGGACUACCAGAAAGUUGUUCGUGACACCAUCCGUCAAAUUGGAUAUGAUGACUCCUCCAAAGGAUUUGACUAUAAGACCUGCAAUGUUCUGGUGGCCUUGGAGCAGCAAUCUCCUGACAUCGCUCAGGGUGUUCACAUUGACCGCAAUGAGGAGGACAUUGGAGCUGGGGACCAGGGCUUGAUGUUUGGGUAUGCCACUGAUGAGACAGUGGAGUGUAUGCCUCUCACAAUUGUCCUUGCCCAUAAGCUGAACGCUAAGAUGGCUGAACUGCGACGCAAUGGCACUCUCCCAUGGCUCCGGCCAGACUCAAAGACACAGGUUACUGUCCAAUACCGCCAGGACCGUGGCGCCAUGCUUCCUGUGCGCGUGCACACAAUCGUCAUCUCUGUUCAGCACGACGAGGAUAUCUGCCUGGAGGAGAUGAGAGAUGCUCUGAAGGAGAAAGUCAUCAAGGCUGUUGUUCCCUGCAUCUAUUUGGAUGAUGACACCGUGUACCACCUGCAGCCCAGCGGGCGCUUUGUCAUUGGGGGCCCACAGGGUGAUGCUGGCCUCACUGGACGUAAAAUUAUUGUUGACACUUAUGGAGGCUGGGGAGCCCAUGGUGGCGGAGCCUUUUCUGGGAAGGAUUACACAAAGGUGGACCGCUCUGCUGCUUACGCUGCACGCUGGGUGGCCAAGUCUCUGGUGAAGGCUGAGCUCUGCAGGAGAGUGUUGGUCCAGGUGUCCUAUGCCAUUGGAGUUGCCCAUCCCCUCUCCAUUUCUAUCUUCCACUAUGGGACCUCAAACAAGAGUGAGAGGGAGCUGCUUGACAUUGUGAAGAAGAACUUUGAUCUCCGUCCUGGAGUCAUUGUCAGGUAAUGUAUAACAUCUGAAGCCACCUGCUACUCAAUGAAAACGGCAGCACCUGGCUCCCUCCUGUCUCCUGUGCCUUUUUGUUUUGUCUUUUUUAUUUAUUUUUUUAUAUUUAGUUGUCCUGCCCAGGAUUUACAGUUAAUUUAAUUCACAAAUUUAUCGUGGAAACUCUGCAGGCCAAUGCCAUUUUCUUUUGCUACAGCUGGCACUUUGUUUGGCCUCACAUUGAAGGUUAUGCGUUUGCCUUAUCUUCUUUCGACUUAAUUACAUGGCAUAGUGGGUUACACAUGUGGGCAUUAGGUGGGGGCAAUAGUCAAAUUUAUUGGGGCAGAUAUGUAUUAUCUCUGGUGUAAUGAAGACCAUAGCUUAGGUAGCUGGUUAAGCUCAUAGCAUAAGGUUUUUUUAUUUUAUUUUUUUCUGUAAAUUGGAUGAGUUUUUUUCCAUCUGCAAGCUGCAGUGUCCAGUUUGAUCAGCAGGGUAAGUGUCGAAGGUUCACGUGUUUCCCAGUUUAUCAGCUGGUCUAGCAAAGCUGAUGCUUUUGCUUUUUUUAUUUUAUUUAUUUAGUUAUUUAUUUAUUUAUUUAUUUUAUUCUUUUGUUUGGUGGCUCGGCGCUCCCCACCAGCUAAAGUGAGCGUUAUGCCUGUGUGAGUAUGAUUGCGUGCAUCUGAAGUCACUGGGUGUGACUGCUGCUAAAUAUGUUGAUUAUGUAUUCCAGGGAGCUGGAUCUGAAGAAGCCCUUGUAUCAGAGGACCGCAGCCUAUGGCCACUUUGGCCGAGACUCCUUCCCAUGGGAGGUGCCCAAAAAACUCAAAUACUAAACUUGUUAAGCUUUUCCCCCCAGGCUUGUUGGUGUAUACUACAGAGAAGCCUACAAGGUUCUGGGGGCGAAAUGCCCUUAUCUCUCUCAUAAUGGUAUCAUUUAACACAUGACUCCCUUCCUUACUCCACUUCCCUCCUUUGUCUUGUUACUGUUUUCUGCUGGUUGCAGUAUCUUACUGGGCACUAGGAGGCACGUUUCAGAAACUUGAUGUUUAAAGAAUUGGAUGGGUUCCAUGAACUCAUGCACCAGAGUACUUAAUGUUCUCCCAUGUCUGGAGGUUCCCCUGCUUCUCGUUGUGAUAGGCCCUGAAUAGCUGUGUUCAGUUGCUCUCCUUUAGGCAUUCCACACUUGUCACUAUUGUUAGUCUUCUAUUCAGUGUCAUGGCGGUAGCAUAUUAGGAGAUAUGCGACACCCCUCUUAAUUUACUGGUGCUACUUAUAUAAGGAGUCUGUGCAUCUAAAAAUUUAAAUCCAUUUAGAAGCACAAUUUGAGAGUUGGAGGGUCCUGUGAUCUGGCGCCUUGCUAAAACGAGUCUUGCUUCUUUUUAAACAUUCCUCCUUCGUCAGUCUGGUACGAUAAUUCCCUGACCCAGUGUCCUUUAUCCCUUUGUUCGCUUUAUUCCCUCGUCUCUGUGGAGGAUGCUAGAAUGGCACAAUUAAAAUUCAAGGGUUGUUGCUAUUUUCACUAAAAAGCUAUGCACUGCAGGCUAAGGGGUGAGCCAAAUUGUAAUUAUUCAAGCUCUCAAAUGAGCAUAAAACCUCAGAUGCCCCUACAGACCUUUGCUGUUUUCUGACGUAAUACAGAAAAGUCAGAAGCUGCUAUGUCACUGCUCUGGUCUGCAGAGGUAUGGGUUGUACUUGAUAGUGAUGGAAAAUUGGAAUCGUUUAUGACAUGAAAUUAAAUUUUAAAUGAGUCCUUUUUAAAUGUAGUUUAACUUGCUUUUUUAUGGUUUGACGUGACUAAAGGCCCUUUUACUCCUUAAGUAUAUUGAUGGCAGGUGUAGCUACAGAGAAACCUGAUUCCCAUCUUUAUCCUUAAAGGGGUGUGUUCUUUGCCACAGCUUAUUAUUGGCUAGGAAUCAAACCUGAACACUAUUUAUUUGUUCUCUGAAACUCAGCGUGGAUACAGAGAAGCUGAGGUUUCAGAAGGCAGCUUUAAACACAUUGAAUAUUGAAUUCCUUUUGACUUGAUCAUUUUUCAGUGUUUGACUUGAGGCCCCAGAGUGUUCUACAGAAAAGCUUUGGUCUGCCUCAAUAAGAAAAACUGUCACUGGCUACUGUUAAUGACUAUUUUACAACCUUUUUUUUAUUUUUGGAAUACAGAACUUAUUUUUGAUGGGUUAGUUUUAAAUCCCAUUAAAUGUUUGGUGCAAUUCUUUGGCUCUUACCUAUCCUCAUUAAUAGGAUGGCAACAUUUGGUUGGUGUAGUACAGAGAAACCAGCCUUGUUUACAUAGCCAUCCCAUGUGUUGGAUAGAGUUUGGAGUUUGGGUUUUGUUCCCUUUUUACCUCUUGGAGGGCAUCCCGUUGGCUACAGUAAGUUAAGAGUGCCUUUUCUAUUUCCUCUACUCCCCAUUUGCUUUUCUCCCUUCCUACCAACAUGCUUUCAACUUCCAGAGGAACAAGUAGCUCAUAUUGUAUUAUGUGUCAUGUCUAGACUGGGUAGUUUACUUAUGCUCUGUAAUAAACAACUACUCGUUAAAAAUG